ACCGCGUCCUUCUUUAUCCAGCUCUAUCAUCUCAGCUCUUGUCAGGUCCCCACUUCCCAUUCUCCGCUCUACCAUCAGGUCAGGCCAUGAACUGCAUCCUGCUCGCUGUGGUAACCUUGGAACAAUGAGACAAGACUGGCUGAGAGUAGAGUACUGUUCUGUACUCUUUGAUGCAACAAGUACAUCAGUUGUGUUUUUGGUUCCGGUUGAUCUAACUAAUGCAGCCUAAACCCUCAGAAGAUUUAUAUUAUGGAAGAGUAGUGUAUGCAAGAUUAAAAAGAUGCGUCUUUAGUCUAGAUUUAAACUGACAGAGUGUGUCUGCGUUUAAAAUGAAGCUAUCCGAAGAGGAGUUCAGGAAACAUAAUUUAGCUAAGCCAUUGCCAUGGCAGUACUACAAGUGUGUUGUGUUGACAUGCUGGACGGAAGGGGGAUGGGGUGCACUGUGACUCAUUAUCAUUUAAAGAGACAUGCACCAAAAUGGGUUGCUGUGAGCAUAGCUGUUUUAGACGAGUCAAAAAGGGUUUUGUUUACAAAGCCAUUGAAUGUUUUUAAGCAAAAAAUGUUCCAGACAUUUCAUGAAGACCCUAAUAAAUCAUACCAACUUGUUGAAAGUGCUCAUCCGAUGAGUCCUUUAAGUUCUCUUUCGCGCUUGAAUGAACACAAACACAAGAUUAUGACAGAAAGCAUUUUCGUAAGCACAGAUUUCAAUUCAAUUUCAUUUAUAUAACGCUUUUCACAAUUUUCAAUGUUGCAAAGCAGCUUUAGAUACAUCAUAAUAAAAUUUAACAAAAUUGAAGAGAAUAUACUGCAUUAAGAUACGUGGUAUUAUUGCAAAUCUUUCUCUAUGUACACUGAACUUGUAACGAGGCAGAGACGAAGUGAAAAUAGAGAAUCCACGUGAAAGCACAAUUUAUUAACAUUAAAAACACAGGUAAUCCAAGGCGAACUAGGAGACUCAGGACAGGAGCACGAUACAGAGGCGGACAGGGGGAGGGACGGACGACCAUCUUGGAAGGGGCAGGAAGCUCAGAAGCGGCCAUCUUGGACGAGGCAGGGAACUCUAUAGAGGAUAUGCAUUGAUGUCACUUUCCCACGUGAACACGCUGGGACACGCUCCCUUGAGUGGUAAAACUAAGGCAAAAUGGCUGCAUUCAAUAGGAGGAACAAAAACCGGGACUAAAACACGCAAUUAAAUGCUUAAACUACAAGCAGCUGGACUCGACGGUUAUCCUUACGACUACCUUAUGACUUACAAAGGAAUCAGGUGUUCUUAGACACUCAAAUGUUGCGUUUCCUGAUAUUGUAACCAUUCAUUUUGCCCAGUGUUUUACCACUCAAGCAGGCGCGUUCCGGCGUGUUCACGUGGGAAAGUGACGACUGUAGUGUAUUUCGGGGAAACUAUGAGUUUAAACACAGUAACCUACAAAUAAUUAAUGGUGAUUAACCAUUAAUUAUUUUAUGUACUUUACCUGAUGCAGCAGAGCUAAUAACAGCGACAAACUAAAUACACUCGUCCACCAAGUGAUCAGCAGAUCGUAUAUCAACUCUAAGAAAUAUUACUCCCCUGGCCUGGAAAAACAAUAUUCUUACUGUAGUACAGUACCACUUCAGAAUUCAGUUGAUAUGUGAUAAAUAAACACAGAAACAAUUCGAGCGUGGAUACACAUGUGGUUUAUUUAUCUACACUACGGGGACACUAAAAUCAACUAGCUAACAAAAACCAAACAUUAACAAACAAACAUAAAAACGUAAAAGCAGUAAAGAAUGAAAGAAAUAGAUAAAGCAAAGAAAAAGGCAGUAUUAAAUCAGCUAUUCACAUCUGCACGAACCAUCAAGGACAAAUCUCCUUAUUUAAAAGGGGCAAAGCUUAUACGCAACUGGUUAGCAAUAGUUCAGAUACUUGCAUUGGCUUCUUUGUUUCUCGGGACACGUGCUGGCGCGCGUAUCAAAGGGUCCUGAUGUGUUCUGACCAAGCCGUGAGUCCGUUGAUUUAGCUUGAAGCAAACUGCUGUUAGAAACUGUCUCUGAGGAGAGGCAGGUCUCGAGAGGUUGACAGAAAUGAGCGAGCGAACGCGCACGAGAGCGAACGUACACAAGCGAACGAACAUAGAAGAGCAAGCUUUCCUGCAUGUUCAGAUGUUUUAACACAGAGGGCUUCACGCCCCUCCAACGUGGGCGAUCCAAUGUGAUGAGAUAGUUUUGGGCGCGAAAACAUGUUUCUUUGUCCGGCACACUAACUUUUACCCUUUUGGUAACACUUUAUUUUACGGUGCCCGUGAUACAGAGUAAUUACUUAAUUAAAUACUAUGUAGUAUCUAGUGUAAUAUCAUGUAACAAAGUGUACUUACUGUGUAACUACAUUAUGCAACAAUCUGUACUUAUAGGUUGUAAUUAUGCACAUGUAACAGGCAGCUACUGUUACACAUGUUAUCGGCCAAGCCUGUUACACAGGUACGAUGGAUAUUGUUACAAACCUCGUACAAUGUAAUUAUAUUACUUAUACGUAGUUCUACACAAUGUAACCACAAGUACUUAAAUUUAGAAAAACCUGUUUUUACACAUGAUCACUGUGGCAAGGGGUGUGUGAUUUAGCAAGGUCUGCAGCGGGAGAGAAGGCUGAGAGAAGAGUGUGAUUGGUGUGGGGAUGCAUAUAAACAGCUCGGAGACAGGAGCCGUGUGUGUGAGAGCCAGCAGAGUCUACUGCGGAGAGAGCGAGAGAGAGAGAAAGCCAGAAAGAGGGUUGCUUCACGAGAGGAUCGUCAGCUCCAGUGGAAUACGGAGGCUGGAAACAGAGACGCGCAGCGUCAGCAUUGAACUGUGAUAUACUUUUGUCAAUAAAACGUACUUCUUCUCUCCAGUAGACAACCUGACCCCGAUCUCUUCCUUCUCACCUACACGAACAUUGCUACAAUCACUUACGUUCGGUAGACGACUACAGUCGGUAACGUGCCAAGUCGGUUACUCAGCUGCAGCUGUAACACGGAGAACCAGAUCAGAUUUACAGAUUUCUAUUUGUUUAUUUUUUUUACAUGUAUUUAUUUUCACCAUCCACUGUUAUAAAGACAAGAGCAUAAUUCUUGAAAAAAAAAUCAUUGCUGCUCACAUGGAUUCUGCACGAUCUCAACAGGUACAAUUGGCUUCCCUUCCUCAUAAAUCGUAUUUGUCAAUUAUUUUGUCUGUUCACUUUGUUCCAAGUGGAUAAAACAUUACAUUAAAAAACAGAAUAACCGAGUAAAUGAAUAGUACAUUUAGUGUUAGGUUUCAUGACCUACAUUAUAGUUUAAAAUAUUUGUUUAGAAGUGCAGUACUUUAUGUCAUUGUGUGUGUGUGGUCCUAGUAUUCCUUACCUUAUGAGGACCAAAGUGACACCAGUAAAUUUUCACCUUGUGGGGACACUGUUUUAGGUCCCCAUGAGGAAAGCAGCUUACAAAUCAUUCAAAAUGAUGUUUAUUGAAAAUCUAAAAAUGCAGGAGGUUUUCUGUGAUGGGUAGGUUUAUGUCAUGGCUCUGCUUCCUUAGUCAUGUUUUUCUUGGUCCUGUAGCAGAGCCAUGACAAAGUCUUUGGUUAUGUGUGGAGAGAAACUUAUUGUUGUCCUUUUGACAAUAAUAUACGUUCUCGCCAGUGUCUUGUCAUUGGCCCCGUUCCUCUCGUUUCCUUGUUAUCUUUCCCUAAGUGUUUGAUUACCCACACCUGCCCUGUGUCAUUAUCCCUCGUUUGUGUUUCCCUAUAUAUACCCUCUUGUUUCUUUGUCCUGUGCUCUUGUAUUACGUUGUGUAUGCGUUGUGUUCGUGCUCAUGUUCCUGUGUUACCCUGGUUCCUGUUCUGUGCCACCCUGGUUCCUGUUCUGUGCCACCCUGGUUCCUGUUCUGUGCCACCCUGGUUCCUGUUCUGUGCCUUGUCCUUUAUUUGUGAGUUGUGUUUUUAGUGUUAGUCACCCUGCUGUGUUGUUUUUUGUAAGACGUUGUGUCGUGCCUUGUUUUGGUUAGUUUGUUUUUGCCCCCCCCGUGGGAAGUGUUUUGUUUCAGUUUUUUAUCUCAGUUUCGUUUUCCCCAUUGUGGGUGUUUUUGUUUUGUGUUUUUUGUAAAAUAAAUAUUCUGUUAACCCCUUCACUGCCUGCCUGCGCUUGGGUUCUUCUGCCAUUCCGUGACAGAAUACAAGAGCCAUACUGAACCCAGCAGGCAGCAUGGCCGACUCACAGCGAUCCUGCCUAACCCACCGCCUUUUCAGGAUCCGCCAGGGGAGCCGGGCCACCAUGGACUACGUGGACGAGUUCCUGGACGCGUCAGCAGAUUGGGUGUUCGGUGAGGAGGAGCUUGGCUUCAUUUUUAAUCGUGGCCUCACCGAACCCCUCUCCCCUAGCGAGAUGAGGAUGCUGGGUUCCCCCAGCUUUGACAACCUGGUCUGGAUUUUGGCUGACCGGGACAACCCUGAGUCCAUUGCACCAGCCCUGGCUUCCCGCCCGCUAGCUACUGUACCAGAGGGUCGCGUCCUGGCCAUCGCCACAUUGGGGAACUCAGCCCCUCCUCCGCCCACCAGUCUCCGUGGACGGCGCCGACGGAGGGAGUCGUGGGACUCCCCGUCCGACUCCUCUAGCACGGAGUUAGUCGUGCCCCCCACUGCUUCUCAACAACCGGCCACAUGUCCUGUGGGCCGGUCCAGGAAGAAGAAGCUGAGGAGGGGGAAGUCCAGCCCGGUGCAGCCGGUGUCCAGUCCGGUGCAGCCAAUGCCCAGACCGGUGUCCAGUGUCGAGUCCAGUCCGGUGCAGCCGGCGAUCAAGCCGGCAUCCAGUCCGGUGCAGCCGGCGUCCAGUCCUGUGUCCAGUCCCGUGUCCAGUCCUGUGUCCAGUCAUGUGUCCAGGCCAAUGUCCAGUCUUGUGCCCAGCCCUGCGUCCAGUCCGGUGCAUCCGGCAUCCAAUCCGGUGAUCCAGCCGGCGUCCAGUCCGGUGAUCCAGCCGGCCUUCCAGCCGGCAUCAAGCCAUGUCCAGCCGGCGUCAAGCCAUGUCCAGCCAGCCUUCCAGCCGGCCUUCCAGCCGGCAUCAAGCCCUGUCCAGCCGGCAUCAAGCCCUGUCCAGCCGGCCUUCCAGUCGGCGUCAAGCCCUGUCCAGCCGGCCUUCCAGCUGGCGUCCAGCCCUUUCCAGCCGGUCCCUGGGAGACUCCCAGGGCCAAAGACUGUUCCCCCCAGGACUCCUCCUAAGUCCCCCAGGACUCCGCGCCCUUGAGCGCAGCCGGGGACUGGGACUGUUCCCCCCAACUUUUGGUUUUCCCCCCGUGAACUCUUGUUU